AUGGGGGGGAGGGUGCGGCCAAGUCCAGCUGAGACCCGGCUGCAGCCCCCGCACGCGCUGGCUCUGCGGACUCUUCUUUCUUCACUUAGGUCCCGAGCAUCCCUGAGAGUGGAGCGUUUCCGGUCAAUUGAUCGGCAGGGCUGUUUCCCGCGCACGUUAACCACGCGGCGUAAACCCAAGCCCCGCGCGCGUUGCUGCGGACGGUACCCAGGCGGACAGUACCCAGGCGGACAGCGCGGGCCUUCGCGGGGCAAACCCGCUCGGCCACGGAGGGGGCGUGGCGAGGGCGGCCCGAGGGGGCGUGGCGAGGGCGGGCCCGACUGGCAGGACUUCGUGCGGGACAUGCCGUGGCUGGCGCUGCCCUACAAGGAGAAGCACAGGAAGCUUAAACUUUGGAACAAAUAUCGAAUUUCCAACAUUCCAUCACUAAUAUUCCUAGACGCCACCACGGGGAAGGUCGUGUGCCGGAAUGGGCUGCUGGUGAUCCGCGAUGACCCGGAAGGUCUGGAAUUCCCUUGGGGACCUAAACCCUUCAGAGAAGUCAUUGCAGGGCCUUUGCUUAGAAACAACGGGCAGUCCCUGGAGAGCAGCAACCUGGAAGGGUCUCACGUGGGAGUCUAUUUCUCUGCACACUGGUGUCCCCCUUGCCGAAGCCUCACCCGGGUGCUGGUGGAAUCCUACCGGAAGAUCAAGGAGGCAGGCCAGAAAUUUGAGAUCAUCUUUGUGAGUGCAGACAGGUCAGAGGAGUCCUUCAAGCAGUACUUCAGUGAGAUGCCCUGGCUUGCUGUCCCCUACACCGACGAAGCCCGGCGGUCACGUCUGAACCGGCUGUAUGGAAUCCAAGGCAUCCCCACGCUGAUCGUGCUGGACCCGCAGGGGGAGGUGAUCACACGGCAGGGGCGGGUGGAGGUGCUGAAUGACGAGGACUGCAGGGAGUUCCCAUGGCACCCCAAGCCAGUGCUAGAGCUCUCCGACUCCAAUGCCGUGCAGCUCAACGAGGGCCCCUGCCUCGUCCUUUUCGUAGAUUCCGAAGACGACGGGGAGUCUGAGGCAGCCAAGCAGCUGAUUCAGCCAAUCGCUGAGAAAAUCAUCGCCAAGUACAAAGCCAAAGAGGAGGAAGCACCACUUCUAUUCUUUGUGGCCGGGGAGGACGACAUGACUGACUCCCUGCGAGAUUACACCAACCUGCCCGAGGCGGCCCCUUUGCUCACCAUUCUGGACAUGUCGGCCCGAGCCAAGUACGUGAUGGAUGUGGAAGAGAUUACCCCCGCCAUCGUGGAGGCCUUUGUGAAUGACUUCCUAGCAGAAAAGCUCAAACCAGAGCCCAUCUAGUGGGCUCCAGCCUCAUGAGACAUUAUUUAAAACUCAGUCUUCUCAUCCUCCUUCCCUUCCUUCUCUCCGCCCUUGGACUUUUCCAGUGUGUCCUGAGUCGCACAACCCAAGUAUCCAGCCUCUCUGUGGUGCCUUGUUUUCUGCGUUAACUCCUCAGCUAGCGCCCUGGGGUGCGCUCCAUUUCAACAGCCGAAGAACCGCCAUGUUCGAAGACUCUUCUUGGGCCUCAUGAGGAUGGCAUAACCCAGCCAGAACUGGGACUGCAUCGCUCUGUAUAAGGGUCACUAGCUC